UCUCCAGAUACUGAAUGCCAUCUGCUUUGCGCUCUUUGUUGAUCCCACUGAUCAUUGAUUCGGCUAUCAUAUUUCAUGUAUGAUGGGCUCCUCUAUGGAUUUGGACAAAUAAACAUGUUGGUCAUAACCUGCUAGGUUAUGGUAUUUGUUGUAUCGAUAAGUACUUGUGUUCGAUAGAGUAUUACUGCUGUGAGUCUUACUGACUUUCUGACCAACUAGGUAAAAUUGCAUCUUGCGAUCAACUAGAUGACAGUAGGAUGUUGAUAAAUGGGGAGAACAUAAUUAGAUGCUCGAAGUGGAGAUUGUGCAUAGUGGCUUUGAGAUUUUCAGCAAGGAUUUAGGAUGGUGCCGUGGAUACAUUUUGUGAAAAUAAUCAAAUAUGGAUAGGUACCUGUAAUAAUUGUGUCAUUCAAGUAUUAAUAUGAAACAUAUUUUGUAGCAGACAUUCUUUUUGGAAAUUUAAGUACUUUCAUUAGAAAUCAGCCCCGUUGCUAUAGGAUAUUUCUUUGUGAGUUGUGUCAAAUAGAUUGAACAGGAUUUAUUAGUGUCCUCUAAAUAUUAUGCGGCCAACAGCAAUCUUACAUAGUUGAAGCUCUCUAAUUGCGGUUACGUCAUCUUUAUUCUCAAAUUGUGUGUGAGCAUAAGCUCAGGAUCUGACUAGACUGAUUUGAAUUCAUUUUACUGUAUUAGAAUUUUCAAGGCCACCUGGCUGUUCAAGGACAUUAACUUGGUUCAGACAACAAAAUCAACAACAGUAUUGGAGAGAUAUAUCACUGAGUCUGCCAUUUAAAAUGCUGGCCACUUCUAGCUUUGUUGAUGUAGGGAAAAAAAUAUCAAAGAGGAAAGGAGGAAGCAUAACAAUUCAGAUGGCAGGAUGUCAAAAGUGGAAGCCUGUUGUUGUUAUGCUGGCUGUUUACUUUGUUAUGGCUGUUUUAAACCUUUUAUUUAAGAAGGUUCUCAAUGAAGGGAAGAGCUACUUAGUUAUAAUCACAUACCGACUAACAUCUGGUGCAAUUUUUUUGACGCCUGUUGCCUACUUCUGUGAAAGGAGAAGAGGUGUCAAUGAUGAGCUCACGCCUCUGAUCUUAUGCUACCUAUUCUUCAGUGCUCUGAUUGGGGCGACACUCACCCAGUAUUUGUUUCUUCUUGGAAUGCAAUGUACAUCCGCUGCCUUUGCCAGUGCCUUCAUCAACAUGACUCCUGUGUUCACUUUCCUUUUGGCGAUACCACUAAGGCAAGAGAGUGUGAACUUCCGAAGCACAAGAAAGAUAGCUAAAGUGUUAGGCUCACUUAUCUGCAUGGGGGGAGCUGUAGUACUGAUAGUGUACAGAGGAACUCCACUGAACAAAACAACUUACUCGAAAUCGCCUUCAUACAAGUCUAAUGUUUCGAGUAUGAUUGCUGACAUUGGCAGCAAGCAAAGAUGGAUCCGUGGAUCAAUUUUUCUUGUGCUUAGUAUCCUAUGCUGGUCUGGCUGGUUCCUUAUACAAUCAAGGAUUUGCAAGAGAUUCCCGUGCAAGUAUACAAGCACCGCUUUGAUGUCUGCCCUUGGUGCUGUCCAGUCAGCAAUCUUAUGUUUCUCCAUCAACAGAAAUAUGUCAGUAUGGAUUCUUAAUGAUAAGCUGCAGAUCUUUACUGUGCUUUCUGCUGGAGUUUUUGGAUCAGGACUAUGCUAUGUGGCGAUGUCAUGGUGUGUUGAACAGAGAGGACCUGUCUUCACAUCAGCAUUCACCCCUUCCAUACAGAUAUUUAUAGCAAUUAUGGAUUUAGCCUUCUUUCAUGAACAAAUUUACCUUGGAAGUGUUAUAGGUUCAAUCUUGAUAAUUUGUGGUCUCUAUAUUCUUCUGUGGGGUAAAAGCAGUGAAUCAUCACGGGAUAACGUCAUUAAGCCAGCUGAGGCAGUGCAAUGCAAUUGAAGCUCUGCAGCUGCAAUUGACAUUAUUCAUGUUACUAAAUGAGGAUGUCUCCAUUAGUUUAGCUUGAUGCAUCUAUGUGCUGGUAAAAUAAAGAAAAUACCUCACAGGGUGUGACUAUUUUAGUCAAAUAAGGAAAAAUCACCAUAAGUAAUCCUUACUUUGGCCAAUUGUGGACCUAGUUUGAAUUUAAACUUUUUACAGUUAAUAUGAAGUUUGAGUCUGUUCUUUCCAAAAUGAACCUUGAAGUAUGAAUCUAAACUCUCUAAUAUAAAUUAUAUCUAUGUAUCUUGAAUAUUGAUGUAUAUUUUAUAACAAGUUUAGCAUAAAUCAGAAACAAAAAUUAUAUAUCACUGACAAGCUCUAGUUGUGAGAAUAACCGUCAUCCAUGGUUAUUCUCCUUUUACUUUCUCUUCUUUGCGGCUUCCCCUCCCUAGCUAUAUUUAUCCUUCAAAUUAGUGCCUUGGACCACAAUGACUAUCUUUUCCCUUUCUUUAUUCGCUAAUCAGUGCUGAUAUAAGUUGUGGAUUAAUGUCUACUUUUCUCCUAAUAGAGAUAUUAUUAGAUAGUCCAGGACAGCCACGCCAUCUACGGUCCUGGCUAAUUAUAACAUGUUACAUGUCAUUAAUGAUUAUCAUCUCCCAACGAAUUUAUGACUAUCAGACAUCCUGGACCAGAUACGAGUUUCUUGUCCUUGCCCUGAUAUAGAGUUGAGCAGCUAAGUAAUGUCUUUAUUACUUAGAUGGUAUAUCUGACAAUCUCUGAUGAGAAAUUUGGAAAAACUUAUUCAUGCAAAUUAUCUAGGUGAAAGUAGGAGGUUAAUAAGAUAAGAAAAACAUUCUGAGUAAUAAUAUCAGAUAUUCAGAUGUCUGUUGAAGAUUGUGUGCAAUGGUCUAAAGAUUGUUUCCAGACAGGUUAAAUCAUUUAUUAGAAUUUAGAAGUAUGGCACCAGUGAUGACACAUUUAACUAUAGUUAUGAAAGCUCUUAGCGUUCAAAGUUCUCCUUAGUCCUUACCAAACUCUGCAUUUGGACUGCAUGAAGAUUAUGAGUCGAUCUGGUUAUUCAGAGACGAUUACUUGUAUCAUGAAAAUGGAAGAGAGAAACAAAAAGAUUUGCUCUGAGGCACUCACUGAUUGAAAAUACUUGGAAACAUUUCCCUAAACAGUUUUUAUACAAAAAAUUUACAUUGGAGAUUUUUGUUGCUUACUGCUCUCCUUGAAGGGAUAAGUUCUCUCAUUUGUCUGUUUUCUGUUGACAGCAGGCUUUCUGAUGGUUACUAGAAACUUUUUCUCCAUGAUAGAUAUGUCAAAUCCUACUUUUGCACAGCUUCUAUGUUCUUCAGCAUGUACAUCUGUGCCUACGAAUUCUGUCUCAAGACUGCUUUUUUAGCUUAUAUUAAUAGCAAUUGUAGAUGUGAAAUUGUGCUGUGUCACUGCAAAUGUUGUUGAUGAUAUGACAUAAUAUUCUUGCUUGUGUUAGUGCUCACAAGGCUUCUGGUCGCUCUACUUUCCUGUAGUAAGAAUUAGAUUCCAUUCAAAAGAAGGAUAUGCCUUGUUUUGCAUCAUACUCUAAAUGGGAACGAAGAACGCCUCCCAAUUUCGGUAAGUGUAAAGUGCACAACCCAAAGUCUUGAUCACUGUAUGAGGUUACUAGAUGAUAACGAAGGCGUGUGACCUUGGCAACCACAUUCACUGCAAUAUGAAAUGUUGGGAAGGAUCAACACAAAAGUUAACAAAUAGAAUAUUUUAGAUAUUUGUACGAACUUCUUGCUUAAAAAAGCAAAUGAUGUGACCGUUUGGUUUGAGCUUGUCUGCUCCUUUCUUUUUGAGUGCUUAUUUAUUGCUGCUCCUAGAUCAGUCUGGCUGACUUUGUUCUGUAGUACACACAAAAAAAAAAGAAGGAAAGAGGAAGUAUAACCUUUCCUAUGGGAGGAUGUCAGAA